AUGAGACUUCGAAUGCUGCGUUCCCCACGAUUGCGGUUUCUCAUGCUGGGCUCUGUGCUGACGGUGCUGCUGAUCACGUUCGGCACCGUAGACCAAACGCACCGGUUCAAGACCUCCUUCAGGGAGCUCACCAAACACUUGGAGGCUUAUAAUGGCUCGCACGUUGCGCUGGACCAGCCGUGGCAGGCUCCGGUGCCGGAGGCAGCCAGGGAGCCUGCCCAGGAGCAGGGCCAGCAGGAUAGCGGCGACGAGCCCCAAGAGGCGGCCGCCCUCGAGGAGAGCGAACAGCCCAGCGAGUCGUCCGCAGAGUCCACCGCGCCGCCGCCGUCGGAGUCCCUCCAGGAGAUCCCCCAGAACCCGCUGGAAGGCACCAAUCUCGACAACCCCCAGAAACGCAACCCCGACAGGGCCCCCCUGCCGCCCGGGUACCGGGGAUCCAUGACCCACGAGUACAAGCCGUACGAGCAAGUCCGCGUGGUGAAGGACAAGUUCGGCAACCCGGCCAAGCAGAACGCCACGAUGCUGACGCUCGUGCGCAACGAGGAGCUCUACGACAUGCUGCAGUCGAUCCAGCAGCUCGAGAGCCGGUUCAACAGAGACUAUCAGUACGACUGGGUCUUCCUCAACGACAAGCCGUUCACCGACGAGUUCAUCCAGCACACCUCGGCGAUGGUGUCGGGGACUGCGCGGUACGGGAUCAUCCCGUACGAGCACUGGUCGUAUCCAGAGUACAUUGAUCCGCAGAAGGCCAAGGAGAUCAGAGAGUCAAGACAGUAUGCGAACGUGGCCUACGGCUCGAGCGAGAGCUACCGCCACAUGUGCCGUUUCAACUCGCUGUUCUUCUACAAACACCCCAUCAUGGACGACUACCAGUACUACUGGCGCGUGGAGCCGUCGAUCGAGUACGGAUGCGAUAUCCUGACCGACCCGUUCAAGUACAUGGUGGAAAACAACGUCAACUACGGCUUCACGCUGACGCUCACAGAGUUUCCGAAGACGAUUCCGACGCUGUGGAAAACCAGUCUGGACUACUUCCUGCGGCCCGAGGUGGCGGAGCAGCUCCCGUCGGACGAGGAGAACCUGCUCUCCUUCAUCUCCGGCGACAGCGGCCGCACAUACAACCUGUGCCACUUCUGGUCGAACUUCGAGAUCGCCAACCUCGACUUCUACCGCAACCCCGUGUACGAGGGGUACGUGCAGCAUCUGGACCGUGCGGGCGGCUUCUUCUACGAGCGGUGGGGAGACGCCCCCGUGCACACGAUCGCGGUGGCCAAGAUGAUGCGUGCGAGCGAGAUCCAUCUGUUCACGGAAAUCUCGUACAAACACACGGUGGCCGGCUCGUGUCCGCUGGACGACGCGUUCAGACGCCAGGCGCGGUGCACGUGCGAUCCGGGACUCGACUGGUCGAUCACCUCUGGCUCGAGUUGCAACCUGCACUACAUGGAGGUUGCGCACCAGCCACACAUGGCAGACUACGAGAAAUACAGGAACGUUGUGGCUGAGCGGCAGGAGCAGGAGCAGCAGCGCAAGAAGGAGGAGGUGGAGCGCAGACGAGAGGCGGCGAAGCAGCGCGCGGAGGAGAGACGCCAGCGCGCGGAGGAGAGGCGACGGCGCAAGCAAAAGGAGCGCGAGGAGCGGCUGCGUGCCGCCAAGACUCCUGCCGCCAAUUAA